AUGCUGCCUGCUGUUGUAAAGCUGUGCUGUGGAAUCUCCUACCCACAUGUCAGGAGUAUGGCAGGACUUCAGCGCACAGCUGUGGCAGUGAUAGGCCAGGAGAUCACGCACCUGCACCAAUGGGGACAAAUCCAACAUAAAUUGAGAACACGUGCUGACUUCAGUUAUAACGUACCAGCAUAUGAAGAUCAGCUGUUCUAUGUUCAACAAGGCCAAGAAGCAAUGAAGAAGGCUCUCAAUAUGUUGGAGGACAGAGACGGAUGGAAGGUUGAGAUCAAAGAGAACAACGGGGACGUGAUCCACAGCAAAGUGAUACCAGGGGCUGGAAAAAUCUUCAGGUUGGAAGCAGUCUUGGAAGCAAGUGUGGAUGAGUUGUAUGACAUCUUGUUUGUCAGAGUUGAGGAAAUGCACCGGUGGAACCCCAGCAUACAGCAUAUCAAAGUUCUGAAACAUGUUGGCCCGGAGACGAUUGUGACCCAUGAGGUUUCAGCUGAGACAGCGGGGAAUCUGAUUGGCCAGAGGGAUUUCCUGAGCGUCAGACACAGCUGCAAACAAAAGUCCGGUGUUUGUCUUGGGGGAGCACCGAUUCAGCUGGAGUUGUUUCCACCUCAGCCAGGCUUUGUGAGGGCUGAGGAUGGACCAACCUGCAUAGUCAUUCAAGCUUUGGAUGAGGACACCUCCAAAAGCAGUUUCACGUGGCUUCUUAAUAUGGACAUAAAGGGCUGGCUGCCUAAGUCCAUUGUCAAUCAGGCUUUGCCCCGGGCACAGCUGGAUUUCACAAGACACCUCCGCAGACAUCUGAGCAUGAGAUGA